UAAUUAUUUAUAUGCGUAUUGCAUAUUAUCAAAAAAUAUGUUUUAACAUUGAAACAACCACAUAGUUAGGGAACCGUAUUAUUUCCCUAGAAGAUAUGUAAAGAAGUAAUACGAUACAGUAUGAUAAAAUGACGAUUAUUGAUUGCGGGAGGAUAGAGUCGCGGUAGGACGAUCAAUAACGAGGCCAGUACAAGUGCAGCUGGAAGAGACAUGGCAGGCGCUCUACUUCGGAGUCUCCAUAAUUUGGAAAGUUCGAUAAGCGAACCCACUGCUAAAUGGACUGUCCCUAUGAGCGAUGGAAAUCAUAUAGUGGAAUUCGAGCAUGGAACAGCAACAGGCAAACGUGUUGUAAAAGUCGAUGGUAACGUGAUAGUUAACCGGGAUUGGAUGUUUCGUCUCGUCGGUGACGAAGUUUUUAUGUUCAACAACACCAAGUUCGUGAUCAGAGUCGAUCCAAUGCCAGGUCUGAAAUAUUCCUACUCCUUAUGGGUGAACGGAAAGAGUUACCAGCAGUUUGUCCAGUCGCAAUCGAAAAUACUGGAAACCUGGUUGGCUAAAGUUGAAAAUGAAGAAUACAGAAUUGUACUAGAUAAACAAGCUCAUAGCGUUUGGGUGAAUGGAGAAGAGGCAGAAGUUGAGAAUGAAUUUAUGGACGGCGGUGCAGAAAUCCUUUUCUCCAUUAGCGACUUACCGGCCGCAAUUAGAUCCUACACUUCAGAACAAAAGGAAAUUGGCAUAGCGUACGUUUUAUAUGUAAAUGAUGUUGAAAUAGAGCAAGAAGCCCUAUUAGCAGAGUCUUAACAGAAAUAUAUGUCUUAAUUUAUCUAGCUAGAUUUUUAUAAUAACACAUUAAUUGAUAAUUACACGAUGUUGUUAAUCAUAAGUUGUGUGUAUCACUGAAUGGUUGCACAAAUGUGAAAUAUAUGUUUUUCAGAAAUGAUAUUUUGUCAUAAAAUGUCUAAAUUUAGUUAAUAUUAA